GCGCAUGCGCGGUGCGACGGGCUUUGCGGAAAGGGGUCACGAACUCUGACCCUCCCCGGAGCAGCUGCGAACAGCAGAAACACAACUUUAAAUUUUAAAAAUAAUAAAAUCGAACACCGUCGGAGGUUGAAAAUAGCGCGCACGGGUCUGUGUACUCCAUGGGUUUUAGCACUCAGGUUCAUUGGUAGGACACCGCAUCAGAAUGGAAGGACAAACCCAGAGGAUACAGCUGGUCUCAGCCGACGGGGGCGUGGCGCUUGGGCAUCGCAUACAGAUCGUGACUGACCAGCAGACGGGGCAGAAGAUCCAGAUCGUCACAGCGUAUGACCAGGCGCCGGCUGGCAAGCAGCAGUUCAUCCUGGCCAAUGCGGACUAUUCCACGGCGGGCAAAGUGAUCCUGACCAAGCAGGAACAGACCCCCAGCAAGGUCAUCCUGGCCACACCAGACAGCACGGCCGUCAACCAGCUGCUGUUUGCCUCCCCUGAGCUGGCGGGACAGCAGAUCCAAUUUGUCACAGACGGUAGCCUGGACCAGUCGGCAGCCAAACCCGUGGUGGAGUACUGUGUGGUGUGUGGAGACAAGGCUUCAGGGCGGCACUACGGCGCGGUGAGCUGUGAGGGCUGCAAAGGCUUCUUUAAGCGCAGCAUCAGGAAGAACCUGGUGUACACGUGUCGGGGCUCUGGGGAAUGCGUCAUCAACAAGCACCACCGCAACCGCUGCCAGUACUGCAGACUGCAGCGCUGCAUGGCCUUUGGAAUGAAGCAGGACUCCGUGCAGUGCGAGCGGAAGCCAGUGGAGGUGUCCCGGGAGAAAUCCGUCAACUGCGCGGCCUCCACGGAGAAAAUCUACAUCCGCAAGAACCUCUGCAGCCCCCUGGCGGCCACGCCCACCUUCGUGACGGAGAAGGAGACGGCCAGGUCUACGAGUCUGCUGGAGUCGGGCAUGUUGUUGAACAUCCAGCAGCCUUUCUCCAAGCUGGAGAAUGCCAUCAUGGUUCCAGUGUCCCCCGAAAAGGGUGACCCCUGUCAGGGUGACCUCAGCACUCUGGCCAACGUGGUGACGUCGCUCGCCCACUUGAACAAGGCGAGGGAGAUGACGGACUGCAGCGUCGACCUGUCGGGGAUGGAGACGCUGAGUAACGGCGACGGGUCCAUAGCGGAGAUUCCGUCGGAGGAACAGAAUACGAGCGACAUCACACGAGCGUUCGACACACUAGCCAAGGCACUAAACCCUGCAGAGAGCGCCUCUGGUGAGGCCAUGGAGGCCAGCAUGCGCCUGGUGUCGGGUGACCAGUCGGGCGGCAUCGUGGAGCUGGAGGGGCCGCUGCUCUGCGAAAGCCACGUGCCCUUUAAGCUGAUGAUGCCUUUGCCCAUGCCAGAGUAUCUCAACGUGAACUACAUCUGCGAGUCGGCCUCUCGCCUGCUCUUCCUGUCUAUGCACUGGGCUCGCUCCAUACCUGCCUUCCAGGCCCUGGGGCAAGAGAGCAACAUCAGCCUGAUGAAGGCGUGCUGGAACGAGCUGUUCGCCCUCGGCAUGGCACAGUGCUCCCAUGUGAUGAACGUGGCCACCAUCUUGGCUGCUAUCAUCAGCCACUUACAGAGCGGCCUGCAGGAAGUCCAUAGUACAAAGCAGAGGCCUGUUACCUGUAACGCUGAGCAUGUGGUUGGUGUCAAGCUCACCCAGCAUGCUAAUGAAGCUGAACACACCUCCCCAGAAAAGCUCUCUGCAGAACGAGUAAAGCUGGUGAUGGAGCACAUUUGGAGGAUGCAGGAGUUCUGCAACAGCAUGUCCAAGCUGUCCCUCGACGCGUACGAGUAUGCCUACCUCAAAGCCAUCGUCCUCUUCAGCCCUGAUCAUCCUGGCAUCGACAACACCCUGCAGAUCCAGAGGUUCCAGGAGAAGGCCUACAUGGAGCUGCAGGAUUACGUUGCCCAGAUGUAUCCUGAGGACACCUACCGCCUGUCGAAGCUUCUGCUCCGACUCCCCGCACUGCGGCUGAUGAGCGGCGCCAUCACAGAGGAGCUAUUCUUUGCCGGCCUCAUCGGCAACGUGCAGAUCGACAGCAUCAUUCCCUACAUCCUCAAGAUGGAGUCCACCGACUACAACAGCCAGGGAGUCACCGCCGUCAUCCAGUAAACCACGGAGCUAAUGUACCGCUGGGGUGCCUCAGGAGUGGCACCGAAAACGCGUCUCCACUUCGCAGUGUGUCCAGGCAGCGCAGUGGGCUGUAGCUUGUAUGAAAUUGGCACCUCCCUGUUGUCUUUUGGGGGGGGAGACUGACCUCCGCUUGAAGAGCGAGUUCGCUUUCGUAAAGGUCCCAGGUAGGGACAUGGACUCAGACACCGAAGGCUACCAGCUCAGGUGCAAGGAGGAGGAGGUCCCAGAGGUGGCGCCCUUGAGCAAGAUACAUUGCUCCAGUAAAAAGAUCCUGAUUUGUAAAUGGGUUAAAUAAUAUUAAAAAGUCACUAUGGGGGGAAAAAAACUGUCAGUUAAGCAACUAUAAAAUUGCGAGUCUCUUGUUAGUUCCCUGAGACUUUUUUUUUUUUUUUGUCCGUCCUGUGUGACUGAAUCAUGGUUAUGUGAACAACAUUCAGUUUAUUUUUUGAGACAAUUCCCCAGUGUACUCCCCCUCUACCACUCCUUUCCAAGACUUUCUACUUUGUAUAGAAACGAUAGGGAUAGAAAUUAUGACCUUAUUUCUAAUAAUUUAUCCUGUCUUUGAACAAUAAUGCUCAUGCUGCAACUUGCUCUGCUUGUACACGGACCCAAAGCCCUAUGUACUGUGUGUAUAUAUAAAUAUGUAUAUAAAAUAAACUAUGAAGGACCAUAA